AUGACACCGUCGCUGAGCACGCCCCGUCAGACUCACGGUGGCCGUAGCAUCCUGAGCUCGACUGAUAAAACGGCGCCGACCUCGUCCUCUUCUUUCUCGAGUUCCAUCUCUAGACUCAACCAUAUCGCUCGUCAUCUAUCGCCCAUCAUGGCUUCCACUACCAACUUCCCUGCCGACAUUGUCCCCCAGGCCCCCGAAGAUGCUCUCUUCGGUCUCGCCAGGGCUUACAAGGCCGAUGAGAGCACCAGCAAGGUCGAUCUUGGUAUCGGCGCUUACAGAGACGAGAACGCAAAGCCUUGGGUGUUGCCCGUCGUCAAGAAGGCUGAUGAGAUCCUCCGAAACGACCCCGAGCUCAACCAUGAGUACGCCCCCAUUGCGGGUAUCGCCAGCUUUACCUCCAAGGCUGCCGAGCUGAUCUUCGGCGCCGACUCCCAGGCGCUCCAGGAGAAGCGCACCGUCACUCUGCAGACCAUCUCGGGCACCGGUGCCGUGCAUCUGGGCGCUCUCUUCCUCGCCAAGUUCUACCAGGGCCCCCGCACCAUCUACGUCUCAAAUCCCACCUGGGCGAACCACCACCAGAUCUUCAAGAACGUCGGUCUCACGGUCGACACAUACCCCUACUUCCACAAGGAGACCAAGGGCCUCGACUUUGAGGGCCUGAAGGAGACUCUGCAAUCCGCUGCCGAGGGCUCCGUCUUCGUCCUCCAUGCCUGCGCUCACAACCCCACUGGUGUCGACCCGACCCAGGAGCAGUGGACCGAGAUUGCUGCCAUCAUGAAGGAGAAGAAGCAUUUCCCCUUCUUCGACACCGCCUACCAGGGCUUCGCCUCUGGCGACCUCGCCCGCGACGCCUGGUCCAUCCGCUACUUCACAGAGCAGGGCUUUGAGCUCGUUGUCGCUCAAAGUUUCGCCAAGAACUUUGGUCUCUACGGCGAGCGUGCUGGCUGCUUCCACGCCGUCACUCCCUCAAGUGAUGAUGCCUCCACCACCAUCACCCGCAUCGGCUCUCAGCUCGCCGUCCUCCAGCGAUCCGAGAUCUCCAACCCUCCCCUGUACGGUGCUCGCAUUGUCAGCACUGUGCUCAACGACGCCGACCUCUUUGCCGAGUGGGAGGAGAACCUGCGCACCAUGUCGGGCCGCAUCAUCAGCAUGCGCGACGCCCUGCGGUCCAAGCUUGAGGAGCUCGAGACCCCUGGCACCUGGAACCACAUCACCGACCAGAUUGGCAUGUUCAGCUUCACGGGUCUGACCGAGUCACAAGUGCUCAAGCUCCGGGAAGAGUUCCACAUCUACAUGACCAAGAACGGUCGUAUCAGCAUGGCUGGUCUCAACGAGAACAACGUUGAGUACUUUGCCAAGGCUGUUGACAAGGUAGUACGGGACGACGUUGAGGUGACGGAAGAGUAA